GCACGCACACUCUAAGUGUCGUUUCUAUGUAUUUCGGAAACCAAGCUAUGGAAACGGCAGGAGAAUCGUAUAAAAAGGCGAAAGAAUCAGACAUGAGCCAAAGUGUUUAACAAUUUUGCAAUAAUUAACUUCGUUGAACAGGUGAACAGGAAAGGAAGAAAAAGAUGUUGCGUUUUGAUAUCACUGCUGUAGUGCUGGUUGCUUGUCUUUUCAAUUUUGGGGAUGCAGCAGUUACUGGCUGGAAUACUCCAGGUGGCAUAACUGGUGGUGGUGGUGCUGCGACCGACAUCGCCAAAGAUGAGAAUACAGCUCUCAAUGCAGUCAUAGUAACAUUUGAGGCUACGGGUGAUGCUGCAAUUACUGGUUACGCGUUGGUAUCAACGAACACGCCCUUUUCUUUGGACACAUCUAGUGGAGAGUUGACGUUAACCACUGCCCUAGAUUAUGAAACUGCCACCAGUCAUACAGUUGAAGUGGAGUAAGUAACUAUAGGGUUUUCACAAU